AUGGGUGGCGCUGACAGAGCUGGUGGCAAGGCCAAGCCCCUCAAGGCUCCUAAGAAGGAUAAGAAGGAGCUCGACGAGGAUGACAAGGCUUUCCUCGAGAAAAAGAGAGCCGAGGAGAAGGCCCGCAAGGAUCUCGCCGCCAAGGCCGGCGGCAAGGGUCCCCUCAACACCGGUGCCCAGGGCAUCAAGAAGUCCGGCAAGAAGUAA